CCCCCACCCAGGGUAGAGAAUGCUUGCACCAAGCUUGUUCAGGCAGCACAGAUGCUUCAGUCAGACCCUUACUCUGUGCCUGCUCGGGAUUAUCUCAUCGAUGGAUCAAGGGGCAUCCUCUCUGGCACAUCAGACCUACUCCUUACCUUUGAUGAGGCAGAGGUUCGUAAAAUUAUUAGAGUUUGCAAAGGAAUUUUGGAAUAUCUUACAGUGGCAGAGGUGGUAGAGACUAUGGAAGAUUUGGUCACUUAUACAAAGAAUCUUGGACCAGGAAUGACUAAGAUGGCCAAGAUGAUUGACGAGAGACAGCAGGAAUUGACUCACCAGGAGCACAGAGUGAUGUUGGUGAACUCAAUGAACACUGUCAAAGAGUUGCUUCCAGUUCUCAUUUCAGCUAUGAAGAUUUUUGUAACCACUAAAAACUCAAAAAAUCAAGGAAUAGAAGAAGCUUUAAAAAAUCGCAAUUUUACUGUAGAAAAGAUGAGUGCUGAAAUUAAUGAGAUCAUUCGUGUUUUACAACUCACUUCUUGGGAUGAAGAUGCCUGGGCCAGCAAGGACACUGAAGCCAUGAAGAGAGCAUUGGCCUCUAUAGACUCCAAACUGAACCAGGCCAAAGGUUGGCUCCGUGACCCCAGUGCCUCCCCAGGGGAUGCUGGUGAGCAGGCCAUCAGGCAGAUCUUAGAUGAAGCUGGAAAAGUUGGCGAACUUUGUGCAGGCAAGGAACGCAGGGAGAUCCUGGGAACCUGCAAAAUGCUAGGGCAGAUGACUGAUCAAGUGGCUGACCUCCGAGCCAGGUAAAGUUCCUUCACUCUUAACCGACCGGGAGUUAGUAAUUCACUCCUCUAAUGGGAUAAUUCACAAAGUCCACGCCAGUUUUACUGAGUUUGGCUAAUGCAUAUCAUAGCUAUUAUAUUAAUUCUUCUAGAUUGAGGUGAACUUUUCCUUUUCUGAAGUUUCAAAUAUGCAAAUGCCUGAUAAUAGAGUUAGAACUUACUCUUUAAUUGAAAUUGAAAUAGAAAUUUGUUUUUUUAGUUUCCAGUCACAGGCUUAUGAAAAAUAAGGGCCGGUGUUGAAGUCUAGCCUGGUUAGAUAACUUUUAUGAAGGAAGGGUAGAAAGAAACAUAAGGAGUGAAAAUAUUGGAAUUAUUUCAUAUGUCA